AUGGCUACUCGCGAAACAAAUUCCUCACCGGAGAUUCGCUGCGUCUUUGUAGAAACCAACCUCGACACUCGUCUGGGCGUUCUCAUGGAGAGAGAUGAUAUUGUUUCUACUUUCAAAGAGAAAAUCUGUAAAGAGCAUGAAACGUGUUUCCCAAGUUUUGGAAACAUCACUAUCUCCGCUUUGAAGGUUAAAUGUGGUGGUCAAUUUUAUCAUUUAGUUGACUCUCUCAUUUUGAACACGGCUUUCCCAAGCAAAGAAACGUUUCUAGUUGUCGAUGUGCUGAGGGUUGAGGAGAAGGGUAAGAUGCUGACCGGAGAAACUCCGUUGUCAAACCCUAAUUUACUUGAGAGAGAGACCAAGACUAUUAAGGAUGUUGAUAAAACUAAAAAGAGGAAACUGAAAAGUUUGGAUAGUGCCAAAAGAAGUCGUAAGAAACUAUCUCUUGUGGAUCAGUCAAGUGGUAAAGGAGUGGUUGAACCUUUUGCAAUAGGAAAAGACCUUGAAAAGGGAGAAAAAAGUGUUGCUACGGAUAUUGCACUUGUGGAUGAUGAGAACGAGAGUCACAAAGAUGAUGAUGUUCGUGUAGUAGAAGACAUCAAUCAAUCUGCUGAUGUUGAGAACGAAGGGAUCAACAAAGAUGAUGGUGUUGAUGCAACUUCUGAAUCUUUUCCAAACUCGACAGGAGAAAAGAAGCCAGUUACCAAUAUUCUUGUAUUAAUGGCGCCUGUGCCAAACAAGAAAAAGGUUGGUACAAAGAACAAUGGUGGAAAAGAUGCUGAUGACAAGGCCUCGACUAAAGAAGUUACUGAAGUGGCUUCUAGCUCAAGGAACGUUGACCACGAUGUUGUUAUGGGAGACUUGCAAGAGAAUGUGGAGAAAGUUGUUAAGAAAUCAACAAAGAAGUCGAAGAAGAAACAGUCUUCGGACGUUGUGGAGGAGGCUUAA